AUGCACUUUUGUGUCACAAACAUUGAUGGCCAGUUCUACUAUGCGACCAAGGCUUUCGGUGUCCUGGAAAGAUUGGACCCCAAUCCUGAAUACUGGGAAGGCAAGCGAGGAGCGUGCGUGGGCGUAUUCCAGCAGAUCAUAGCUGGUCAUGAACCAAGAGAAACACUGCGAGACAUCCUCCAAAUCUUGCGCAACACCGGUUACCCACAGGUGGAAUACAUCAUCCGUGUCAUGAAGAAGUGGGCCAAGGACAACAGGGUACCAGUUUCCUGAGGUGGUCCCUAUCCUAUAGUCUUGAGAUUGUUUAAAUUUGUACAUUCCAAAAACCCCUGCUUGCAAAGGGAUUUUCCAAAAAUAAAAUAAUGGAACGAUACUGUUGAUUAGGGGUGAUUUAAUUAUUCUUGA